ACGCACAAACCGUUCCCAAAACCACAGAGCAGAAGCCAGCCAGACCAGCAGCAUUCACGUUAUACCCGUCUGAGGGGAUUGUACGGCUCCCCUGUUCCUGGUCAGGCUCGUCUCGCGUGACGCGAAUGUCCUAUGUAGAAAGAGAAUUUUAUAUCAUAUAUCUACAAGGCGCGUAAAGACGAGAAAUCCGACCAUGGACCUUGCGGAAACCGCGGGAGCGAGCGUGUCAGUUGGGACAUUUGAGUCGACUCAAAAGAUGACGAAUCUGACCAUGGAUCCUGCGGGAAUUGCGGGAAGCACGGUAGCGAGUGUGUCGCUGGUGCUGUCGGAGAGCGCGUCGACGGACAUCUUGGCGUGCUCGUUCCUCAUGGCGACCACAAUGCUCGUCGCUUACAUCUCCAAGAAGCACCACUGGGUCUACUUCCCUGAAUCGUCAGCGGCGCUGGUCCUGGGGAUGGUGUUUGGCGUGCUGUCCCUGGUGCUGGAGGACGACCUGGCGUUCACCUUCAGCCCGGAGAUCUUCUUCUACGGGCUGCUCCCCAUCAUCAUCUUCAACGCCGGAUACGCCCUCAAGAAGAAAGAUUUCUUCCGCAAUUUCUGGACUAUCACGCUCUUUGCUGUGGUGGGAACGAUCAUCUCCACGCUGGUGUACGGGCUUGCCACGUACGCCCUCGUCCGAGCUGGCAUUGUCACCCACAUGACGUCAGAAUCGCCGCUCCUCGAGUCACUCAUCUUCGGAUCCCUCAUUUCCGCCAUUGAUCCGGUCGCUACUCUCUCCAUCCUGCAAGACGUGCAGGCGCCCACGCUGCUCUACAACCUGGUGUUCGGGGAGAGCCUGGUGAACGACGCCGUGUCCAUCGUGCUCUUUCGCACCUUCGCCUCCUUCACCCACCAAGAGUUCUCAAUGGCCAGCAUUGCCACGGCUAUUGUUCAGUUUCUGGGCAUCAGCGUGGGCUCCAUCCUCCUCGGCAUCCUGGUCUCGCUCCUCUGUGCGCUCAUCCUGCGUUUCAUCGACAUCCGGAGCGACUUCGCCAAGUUCGAGCUCUCCUUUGUGCUCGUCUCGGGCUACGUCUCCUACUCUGUUGCCGAGAUGCUGUCCCUAUCGGGCAUCAUGUCGCUCUUCUUCUGCGGCAUCUGCAACGCGCACUAUGGGUACUACAACGUGUCGCAUGCGUCCAAGAUCAGCAGCAAGUACGCCUUUGACGCGCUCUCCUUCAUGGCUGAGAUGUUCGUCUUCGCGUACCUAGGCAUGCAGGUGGUGGUGAUGCACCAUGUCGUCGACUGGGGUCUGCUGCUCUCCGCCCUUCCUCUCUGCCUCAUCUCCCGGGCUUUCAACGUCUUCCCCCUCUCCUGGCUCUCCAACCGCACGCAGGCACACAAGAUCCCCGCCAACAUGGUCCUCAUGAUGUGGCUCAGCGGGCUAAGAGGAGCUAUCGCCUUCGCUCUCGCCCUCAACAUGCCCCAGCGCAACCCUGCCAUCGUCUCCACCACCCUCUUUGUCGUGGUGCUCACCACCAUCGUCAUGGGCGGCUCCACUUGUCCUCUUCUGCACGCCCUGCACCUCUCUGCCCCCUCGCACACCCCCACCCACGCACAUGCCGCCCUGGCUGGUCUAUCUCAUGCAAGCACUCCCUCACACUCACCCCCGCCCGCACACUCGCACCCACACUCACACCCGCACUCACACCUACGCACACACAGUGAAGCAGCGACAGCAGAAGCAGAGGAGGAAUCAGGAAACCAGUCGAUACGCUCUAUGCCCUCUCUAGACGUCCCCUUGAUAGGCGGCCGCAGUCUCAACGACCUCCUAUACAUGCAGCGAUCGCACUCACUCUCCAUCGCCCCCCCCUCCGGCCUCCACAAGUGGUUCAAGUGGCUCGACCAGCAUUACUUAAAGCCGCUGUUCGGCGGGCGGGCGUUUAGGGACCAGCACUUAUCCGAGCAGCUAAGUGUCGACGAGGAGGAGGCUAUGGAGGGGAUUCCGUGUUUCGCUUACCGCGGGCUUGGAUUCUCACUAAGUGUGCCAAGGAGCUGGGUGGAAGAGCUGCCAUCCGCGUUUGAAGACCAUGUGCUCGUGAAAUUCAGCGACCCGGAUGUGACUUUAGACGGCGAUCCUGUAGCCGAGCUCGAUGUGAUCUGCUUCUCAGUCCGCCCGUCUGGAGUUUCUUCACUGACCGAAUUCGGCGACCCGAUGAAUUUUCUGCUGACCGAGUGGGACAACAUCUGCCCGGAACUAGCAGCAGGCGUCAGUGCGAGCAGCAAGGGUGGCGCCAGCAGCGGUAGCAGCAAGGGUGGUGCCAUCAGUGGUGCCGGCGUUGGUGGCAGCAGCAGGAGCAGCAGCAAAGCUGGUGGUGCCAGCAGCACGACUAAGCCUCUGGUUCUGGCUGAAGGGGUAAAGAGAUCAGUGUCCUUCACACUGCCGGAAUCAUCCGCUGCUGCUGCACCCUACCGUCCUCCUUCUGUCGCUCCCUCUUCUGCCACUACAGCUGCUGCUGCUGCUGCUGCUGCUGUUGCUGCUGUUACUGGUGCUGCGACCGCUCCUGCUCCUGCUACUGCCGCCACUGCUGCUGAAGGUGAAAACAGCAGCACCAGCGCCAACCCAGCGUUUUCUUCCAUAUAUGGUAGCCCCAAUUCACCAGUCACCCACCCAUCAUCGCACCAGUCUCCGCAACUGCAAUCCCCCCGCCAACGCCUGGGGUCAGGAAGAGUGCACUUGUCAUCUCCCACCCAGGAAAACGCCCCUUCUGGCACGAGUGGCCCGAGUGGCCCGGGUGUGGCAGUUGGGGCGAGUAGGUCAAGUGGCAGAGAGCAAGCUUCCCAGGCUGCCCUGCCAUCCAUGCCCAGCCUGGCUCGUGCACGCUCACAAACCUCCCAGGCUGCCCGGGCCGCCCCAGCCUUCGUCAUCUGGGCAGAAGAAAUAAUAUCAGUGGGCGGCACUUUUUUCAGGUAUGAGCUGGUGGUGCAUCCAGAGGACCUGGGGGACCACAGGGCAGACAUCCAGCACCUGCUGCUGUGCGCGGGGGUGGCGAAUGGCGCCGUGCAUGUGUGCCGAGUGCGGGGGACAGAAUCCUUCUUCUUCGAUGGCCGGCCGCUGCUCAAACACAUUCUGGACUCGUUUGCUCUCUCUUGACUAGAGGUGCAAUGCAAUAUGGAUUCUUGCUAUACAAUGUAUGGUACAGUGCAGACA